AUGGAGCAAGCUCAGGGUGAGGUCGAGGACAAGAGCAAGGCGACAACAGCAGGGACAGCCUCGCCAUCAAUACAGCAGGCUCCCACAGCAGCAGACACACAGCAGAGCGCUUCAGCAGGAGCAAGAGAAGAAGAAAAUAAAUCGCCAAGCAAGGACGAAGCGAAAGGGGACGACGAAGGUGGUGACGCCGCUGGGAUGUGGAUGUAUCUGGACGGAGCCAAUCCCACACAGCACGGGCCGUUGACGGAGAGUCUCAUGCUCAAGCUCCUGAGGAUCGGGACAGCCCACAAAGAUAUGAUGGCGUGGUCGCAGGGCAUGUCUGAGUGGCAGCCGCUCGCACAGAUCGAGGCAUUCCGAGAAACCAGCGAACUCGCCGCUACCCCGUGGCUCUACCUGGGAGAGAACUCGGAACAACGAGGGCCGGUAAGCGCCGCCGCUCUGUCGCGGCUGCUUCGACAGGGGGAGGUGGACGGGAUGACCAUGGCCUGGACCACGGGAAUGGGAGACUGGAAGCCCCUUGGCGAGGUAUCGGAGUUGCGGCCACUGUUGCAAGAUGGGGAUGACGAAGAGGAGGAAGAGGAAGGGAUGGGGACGGACGACGCUCCCGAGAAGAUGAUGGUCUUCGAGGCAGACGAUGAGGCGCAGCCCGCAUAUGAGCCGCCUCCGAAAAAGGAGAGCAAGCGGAGCUUCAUGGCUGACGACGGUACCAAGUUUGCUUGGGACGAGGAGAAGGGGGACUGGAAGGAGGUAGAGGGAGAUGAGGAGGAGGAGUUAGAGGAAGAGGAAGAGGAGGAAGAACCUUGGAAAAUUCGAAGAGCCAAGCAGCAGGCCAAGCUCAAAGCCAAAUCCAAGGAGGACAAGAAGGCCAACAGGGACGCCGCCGCCGGCCAGAAGGGUGGUACGGGGGCCGCCGUAGCGGCAGGCGGUGAUGACGAUCCCGACACGGCGCACUGGGGGGAGUUGCUAGAGGAUGCCAAGAGGGAGGCCGAGGGGGCGGGGGGGGGGGGAGAGAAGGCGGGUGGUGCGGGAGAGAGUAGUGAUAACACUAGCGAAGCGGCGCAACAGAAGAAGGCCAAGAAAAAGAACAAGAAGAAGCGAGGGCUCCAGUGGAACAAGAAGGCCACUAAUCUCUGGGUCUACGUAAAGGGUCUUCCGGUGGACAUAGAGGUUGAGGAGGUCAGGGAGCACUUCAGCAAGUGCGGCAUCAUCGCUACGGACCCCCUAACACAACAACCCAAGAUCAAGAUUUACAAGGACGACGAGGGACACCCAAAGGGCGACGGCAGCGUCUGCUACGCCAAGGCAGAGUCGGUGGAGAUGGCCAUCAACGUGUUACACGAGGGACAGCUGAGGCCGGGAGUGACCAUCGAGGUGUCGAAGGCUGUCUUCCAGCAAAAGGGGCAAAGCUUCGACAACACCAAGCGGCUCAAGGUCAACGACGCCCGUGUUAAGGUGGCAAGAGCGGCGGCGGAGCAGGCCUUGUCGUGGGCGGAGAACGACGACACGGGCGCAACAAAGGGGGGGCUUAAGAUCGUCGUCGUGGAGAACAUGUUCCAUCCGUCAGACUUCGAGGCAAACGAGAGGUUUGGCGAAGAGCUGGAGGCCGACCUGCUGGCGGAGGGCGAGAAGCUCGGACCCGUGGAGAAGAUCACGGUGUUCGCCAAGAACAACAAGGGGCCCGUGGUAGUCAAGUUCGGGACGGCGUACGCGGCUUCCGAGUGCGUAAAGGUCUUCGACGGGCGAUUUUUCGGCGGCCGCAAGCUGUCGUGCCACUUCUGGGAUGGAGUGACGAACUACACGAUCAAGGAAGAGGACGAGAAAGAAGAGGCCCAGCGAUUGGACGCUUUCGGUGAUUGGCUGGAGGAACAAGAGCUUCCGGAGGAGCUUCGGCCACGAACAGAAGCGUGA